AUGGCUGACGGACUCAACCAAGCACGAGCAUUGCGAGUGGCCGAGAUCAUCAACGACUACCGCACGUUGCUACUGCACAUCUGCGAAGAGACCAUCCCAUCGCCACCAGAGGAGUACUUCGAAGAGGGUCAUGUCGUUAUGCGUGAGUGCCACACGGCCGCGCAGGCAUUGAUAGGGUCGAAUUACACCCCCGCUGCUGUACCAAGCAAUGCCAGCAAUGAAGAAGCAGAGAGGGCUGAAUUGCAGAGAGUGAUACUCGACGGCAGUGCCCGCCGUUUCCAGGCACACCGGAUAUAUCUUCGCAUUGCAGCUGCGAAGCGAUGGGCUAUUCAUCGCGCAAAUAUCUUGCGCGGCCAACAACCAACGGCUCAGCAUUCGACGCAAUUGGCCGCCGUGAGCGACAGCUUUCGCCAAGAAUUGGCACAAAUAACAGACCAAUACGUCGUUUCUGACCUCCGGUCUGCCGACCUGCGGGCAGGUCACUGGCUCGGCGAUGAUCCAUCUUUGGCUACGAUUCAUCGCUGGAUCCAGAUGCACCCUUCAUGA